CACGCAUUCUGUUGGAUACUGUUGCCCGUAUACAACACAGUUACGCGCUCGCCGCACCUGUAGAACAUCCACCCUCCAAUCUUCGCUCCGUUCCAACCUACAGAAUGGCUGAUUCCGGAGAUCCGUUUGCUGAAAGCCUGGUGCUGGCAAAUGAAGUUAACAGCUCAACUCCAGCGCCAGCGCGACGUCAACGGCCACAGGAAUCGCGUCGCCGGGCCAACCAUUUCCGACGACCUGUAUUGCUAAUCACCAGCAAUCAGCUAAACGCAAGACGUGCUCCAAGUGGCCGAAACGGGUUAAUGUGUCGGCCUUCAAUAAAAAACAAUGACACGGCCGACGGAUUAUUCAGAACCAUCAUAGAGAAGCUUAGAGAGGUCGCUGGGGGACGUGCACAGCGCGCCAUACUGGACUCGGCAACCCCGCAAAACGCUCGCCUGUACGAGUUUUCAACGCAGCAAGCCGGUUCACCAUGGGUACGCAUUGGCCGGGGAUUUCCGACUGUAGCUGAACUUGGGAGGCGAACGGAUAAGACGCUGUAUCUGUAUAUCGAUCGCUCCACGGUGUUCGACUUUGACUCCGAAGAUGAUACUUUGGGAAGCGCGGUGGCGGAGCCCAAUGGAAGCCGGCGGGCUGCGUCCGGCAGAGCCACCGACGAGGAGAACGAGCGGGCUGCGUCCGGCAGAGCCACCGACGAGGAGAACGAGCGGGCUGCGUCCGGCAGAGCCACCGACGAGGAGAACGAGCGGGCUGGGUCCGGCAGAGCCACCGACGAGGAGAACGAGCGGGCUGGGUCCGGUAGAGCCACCGACGAGGAGAACGAGCGGGCUGGGUCCGGCAGAGCCACCGACGAGGAGAACGAGCGGGCUGGGUCCGGCGGGGCAACCGACGAGUCAGAUGAAGAUCACAUCAUGGAAUCGUUACCUUCGCCGAGAAGGUUAUGGGAGGAUGACGUGGACGUGGACGUGGAAGAUGCGGAGAGGUAUUCUGAAGGUCAAACUUCUUUCUGGUACCAAGACAUGACUCAGGAGGACUGGGUGGCAACAACAUCUUCGACAGAUGUAGAGCUCACCCAAGAUGACAACAUGUCGGGGCUGGAUGUGCCAGCUGAGGGCGGGCUUCUUGGGCGGAUCCCCCGAGCUCUGAGGCUGCAGACCAUCAUGCAGGAGAUUGCAGGGUCCAACGCGUGCCCGUUUGUGUGGCCGUUGCCAUUCCGUCAGAUAUGUGCACAGGCCUGGGCAGAUGAAAGGCUGCUGUUAAUCUGCCAGGUGAACUCUCGCACGCGGGCACCCUUGCAGUCUCUGAUAGGUGACAUCGUAAAUGCCAUUUCAACAGACCAGAUAUACUUCUGGCCCUAUCAGCCUGACACCUCGGACGCCGAGGAAGUAUCGAGGUUGCACCCCCCGAGGGCACCAGACUUCAUGCUGCUGGUCCCUGGGACAGGCAGAGUCAUGACGCCUCUGCAUACAUGGACAGAUGCAGUGCCCACUGCCAUUGUGUUCCGAGACUUCCUCCUCAGUGGGAGAAGGAUUUUGUCCGACAUCAGGACUGAAAGGGCAGAAAUCCUAGAGCGAAGGCGGAUUAUAGAAGAACAAAACAACGCCCUUGCAGAAUCAGAAAGACUAGACAAGAGCGUCACGACCACAGCAGCAGCAACGACCACAACUGCAACAACGGUGGCACCAACAACUACACCAGCAGCAGAAACAACAACUACCCCAGCAGCAGAAACAACAACUACACCAGCAGUAGAAACUACAACUACCCCAGCAGCAAAAACAACAACUACACAAGCAACGGGAACAACAACUACCCCAGCAGCAGAAACAACAACUACACCAGCAGCAGAAACAACAACUACACCAGCAGCAGAAACUACAACUACACCAGCAGCAAAAACAACAACUACACCAGCAGCAGAAACAACAACUACACCAACAACAACGACAACAACACCACUAGCAGCAGCAGUAGCAGUUCCAGCACAAACAACUACAGCAACAACACCGGUGGCAGAAACAACAACACCAGGAAUAACAACAACGACAGCAGCAGCAGCAACAACGACUGCAGCAGCAACGACGACAGCAGCAGCAACAACUGCAGCGACGAGAACAACACCAGUAGCAGUAGCAGCACCAAGAACAACAAAAACAACAACAUCGCCAGUAGCAGCAGCAGCAACAACAAACCACGAAAUCACAACAACACAAGAAACUGUUAGACAGUCAUGGGCCGACAGAUACCCCAUCCACGAUAACACCUCGGCUGCCAACACCAACUACACCUCGGCUGCCAUUCCCAACGCCACCCAAGCUACCAACACCAACUACACCUCGGCUGCCAUUCCCAACGCCACCCAAGCUACCAACACCAACUACACCUCGGCUGCCAUUCCCAACGCCACCCAAACAACCAACACCAACUACACCUCGGCUGCCAUUCCCAACGCCACCCAAGCUACCAACGCCAACUACACCUCGGCUGCCAUUCCCAACGCCACCCAAGCUACCAACUACCGGACAUUCACCAACCAACGCAGGUUAUUGCCACAGGGUGCCACAGCUACAGGUCAGCGACAGUUCCAGGUCGGCCUACCAGAUGUCCCACGUCCCUACCUACCUGCCUACGCCCUCCCACGUCUCCACGGCCGCCGACUUGUUCCAACCCAUUUCAACAGUCACUUCAGACACCCACCAUAUCCACCACCAAGACGUCUCCGACCUAGAAACCCAUUUGCACGACCACGGUUUACAUUCUUCCCAUCUAACAACUAGCAUCUGCUUGGAGAAUAAGUUGUGAGACCAAUGCAUCCUUACAUUACAGUGUACAGCUUGCAUAUUGAGUAGAUGUGUAGAUAUGCCUGCAUGAUAGCCUAUACAGACCUGUUCUCGCAGAGGGCCUCGAAAUUCCAGGCAGUCCUCAUAGCUUAACCCCCUCCCUGCUGCCUAAUACUGUAUACAUUGUACAAAGUGGUGCCACUAAGGGAUAUCUUAGUAGAAAAAGGGUUAAUUUGAUAGUAUAUUAGCCAGCAUGCUACCCAGGAUCGCCUUUUGGGGCGGGGGAGGGGGUAUUUUCUGAUGAAACGUAGAUCGCACGCAACCCUACACAGCCAUUCCUUUGACAACCAGAGCUUUUAUUGCAUGCGACCUACGUUUCGUCAGAAAUUACCCCCCAUCGAAAAAAACUUGA